CGACGUUUACCUAAACAGACCGCGGCCAGACCUGCUUCAUUUUGAUAUCUUCAUCACAACAGCAUUUAACAAUUUCUAUCAGUAACUUUUCACACAACAUAACUUAAUGCUAAAUAUGGAAGACAUUGAAGAUACAGAAGAGGCGUCUGAACCCUGUGUGUUGUCCGAAAAUCAGGAGGCUAAGAGCAGCUUUAGGGUCCCCACACAAGAGGCUGAGCAAGACCCCAGUGUGGAAGUCAAGGAGGAGGAGGCCUUGGAGAGCCAGUCUCAAGAGGAGAAGGUGGAGGAAGGUGAAAAGCUGAUCACUCCUCAAAGGAUAAUCAGCCUUCAGAGAGAUUUGCCGACAUUAGUGACCAACAUCCAAACUGCAGCUGACGCCAGAGAGUCGAUACGAAGGACAGAGUUGGAGGAAGCUCGCAGACUUAGAUUGGAGCGGCUGGAGAAUGAUGCAAAAUCCAGCCGUGAAAAAUUUGAGGAGAUUACCAGACAGUGGUCGAUAGCUAAGCAGAAGGUGAUCCCUCAGGAGCUGCAGGAGGCCCUGAACAACCAGCAGCAGUUAUGUGCUACUCUCAUAGAAGACAAGAAAAAACUCAUAAAUGACCUGCAACAGGAGCUGAAAGUUGGAGAUGAUCGCUAUGUGAAGGACUUGAGGAAGCAGGCAGAGGAGCUGGACCUGAUGAUGGAGAGGAUGGAGGACCAGAUCAAAACCCUGACAAAGGCCUACAGGGAAGAACUGGCCCAUAUUGAGAGAGUUUAUCAGCAGGAAAGUGAAGUCUUACUCACAAGAGACAAGACCGAAUGGGAACAAUACAUGAAGGAACUUUGGAAUAAAGAGCUGGAGAGGCUGAUGCAGAGGAAGAAGAAAGUGGAGGAGUAUGAAGCGAUAAUUCACAAUCUGAUGUUGGAGACUACCGACAAGUACAGCGUCAUCCAGCUAGAACAGAAUGCAAAGUGGCAGGUUCUGGAGAGAGAGCAUCAACAGACGAAGGCCACCAGCAUGAUCGUGAAGCUAAAACAAAUAAAGCAAAAGGAUGAGGUAGCAGUGCAGAAAUUCAGCCUGGCCCAUAUGAAAAGCAGGAUCAUCAGUCUGCAGACAGAGAUGAAAAACCUAAUGACUACGUAUACCAGUGAGGAGAAACAGUUUACAAAGAGGAGCCGGUAUUUGUCAGAGGACUACAAACGCAACAUCCAGCAAUAUGAACGAAUACAGAAGAAGAUCCAACACUUUGCCGUCGCAGAUGUCAGAAAAUUUGAGGAGAUGUGGCUAAUGAUAGAAGCAGAGAUGAAGCAGCUAGUGGAGAGGGCUUUGGUCAUUGACUCAUUGAUCUGCAAGCAGCACCUUGGUUUAGCCUGGGAGCGACCUUCUAUGGCCUUCAUGGAGCUCUCUGGUCCCAUCCAGCCUCAGAAACAGGCCUGGAGACCUGCCCGCCAGGGUGUCUCCCCGUUGUUUCACACCGAGCAGGCUUUACAAAGUAAUGAGAGAAUGAUGGACGCCUCAGUUGGCCCUAGGCUGGAGACUGACACUGAGAGCAUGGACAUGGAAAUGUACAAGGAGGAGACAGCAGUUCAGAGUGAGAGCGGUGCAGAGGUGGAGGAGGAGAAGCUGUCAAUCGAGACAAUGAAGAAAGUGAUGGAGCUUCUGUGUGAUGAGGCGGGCUUCCUCAUGGACGAUAAACUCCUUAAACUGCUGACUCCCCUGGAGAAAGAAGAACAGACUGUUGUGAAACUGGGCUCCCUCCUUAAUACUUUUGGCAUUGAAGAGGAGGAUGUGCCCAAGUUGGCCCAUUUCUUAUUUAAGUACAAACAUCAGCAGAGAGAGCAGACUAAGUGUUUUGUGUGCCUGCAGGAUGUUUGUGUUGAGUCGGGUGAAUCGAACGACAAGGCAGAGGAGGUGGAGACCAACUCUACAGGUCAUCUGACCUCUGACAUCAUUGAUCCUAUCCAUGUUGUGCCUGCUCUAAAAAGUUUCCUUGAGCAGCUUGUGAGGUCCAGGAACAGCUCAACCCGCCAAAAUCCCAGUUUUCACCAUUCAGAAGCUCGGGAUACUUCAGAGGAUGAAGCCUACUGGGAGAGUAUGGGCAAUAUAAUCUCUGAGGACAGACUGAAACUCUGGGACGCAGCGGAGAACACACUAAAGAAGUACCAUGCGGUCCUGAUGGAGAUCUGUGAGCUUGUUCCUGAGACUCAGAGUCUGGAGCAGCAGAACACAGAGCUGAGGAUGCUGCUGCAGCAGUCCCUCAACUCAAGGGUCAGCACAGAAAUGGAGAUGCAGUAACCCAUACUCAACUUGGAAUCAUCAGAACUGGGACAAUAUGUGUGUAUGUGGAAUCAUCAGAGUAUUUGUAAAAUGAUUUAUAUUCACAGCCCAAUAAAGUCUGUAUUAAAUAGA